UUUAUCGAUUUUCUCGUCGAAACUCGAAAACCGACAGAUAUCCUUAUCCAAACCCCUAUCGCUCCCGUUUCCGGUGAACCCCAGCCACGAUGGCCGCACCCUCGACCUCCACCCCCGCGCCGGCCUCCUCCGCCUUCCCCCUCGCCGCCGCCGCCGCCGCGUGCUUCCCCCGCGCCUCCUCCAGCACGCGCGCUCUCGCUCUCGCUCUCGCCCUCGCCGAGCGGCACCGGCUGUCCGAGGUGGGUGGCGGCGACCGCUCGGUAGCCGCUGGCCGCCGCUCCUUCCAAGGCCUCAUUCCCGCCCACGUUCUCUCCGCCGGCGAUGAUGCAGAAGGAGCCAGCAUCAAGAGAGAAGCGGAGGAGAGAUCUAGGCGGAGGAUGUUGCUCGCUGCAGGCGCUGCCAUGUUUCUCUCUUGGCCUAAUCCGGCAGCAUACGCAGCAGAGGCUAAGAAGGGUUUCUUGCCUGUCACCGACAAGAAGGAUGGAUACUCCUUCCUCUACCCAUUUGGAUGGCAGGAAGUGGUUGUUCAAGGGCAAGAUAAGGUGUACAAAGAUGUCAUAGAGCCUUUGGAAAGUGUGAGUGUCAACACAAUUCCAACCAGCAAGCAAGACAUCCGUGAGCUUGGUCCUCCAGAUCAGGUUGCUGAAGCUCUUAUACGUAAGGUUUUGGCCGCACCUACGCAAAAGACAAAGUUAAUUGAAGCAAAAGAGAAUGAUGUUGAUGGACGAACUUACUACACUUUUGAGUUCACAGCUCAAGCUCCAAAUUUCACGAGACAUGCGCUUGGUGCAAUUGCCAUUGCAAAUGGCAAAUUUUACACGCUGACAACUGGAGCAAACGAAAGGAGAUGGGAGAAAAUCAAGGAUAGGCUACAUACAGUCGUUGAUUCCUUCAAAAUCGAGGCAAGAGUAUGACGGAGGUGCAACAUAUAUUGUGCUGAUUUUUCUUGUUGGUUUUCUUCGUUUCAGGAGGUGAGGUUCAAUGGUAAAUGUCGAGAACAUGGAUCUUACUGAUCUGUUUUAUUUUGAAAUGUGUGGCACAAAUUCUAUUUGUACGUAUGUAUAUCUUGCCAAUGUCGAUCCUGAUCUUUCUAUUUGUAUGUACUGGUGAGGUUAAGAAAAUACGUAAAUGAUCCUUCGAAUAAGCAAUGUUGAUUAUAAAGCCAUCUGUGUGAGUAA